AUGUCUGCUAGAACUCUCAGUCGAAAACGAAAAGAAUGGGGACUCCGAUUAUGCGAUCUUGAACAAGCACCACCUCCCACACCACUAUCUCCCAAGAUUCGAGCCUCACUAGUUUCCUCACACUCCAAAGGAAUGAAUCUAAACGAGAUUCAGGCACGGCUAGCUAGCGAGACAAGUGUUAAUGUAUCCAUCCGUACCAUCAAGCGCUACUUAAAACAGCUUAACUUGAAACUUCUUCGAAACGAUGUAACUCAUGGUAAAGUUACUAUUCAGCAAGUAUAUGACGCUAUCCACGAUGCUCGAACUAGAAGGCUACAAAGUGAUGCUGGCUAUCGAAGGAUGAGAAUGAUCCUCAUGAGGGAAUAUGAUAUUCAAAUCCCACAACGGUUAGUCUAUGAUGUUCUCAGGGAAAUCGAUCCAGAGGGUAUGGCUGCUCGACUACGAGGUGUAUGCAAACGUCGAAUAUAUCGAACAAAUGGACCCAACCACAUCUGGUCCAGUGAUGGACAUGAUAAGUUGAAGCGCUUUGGACUUACCAUAUACGGAUUUGUUGAUGCCUGGUCAAGAAAAAUUCUUGGGAUGUUUGUUCAUGUAACAAACAACGACCCUCGCCACAUUGCGGUGUACUUCCUUCAACUUGCAUCUAAGGCUGGUGGAAUCCCACUCCUACUCACAACCGACUGUGGUACCGAAACUGUUAAAAUGGCUAGGUGUAUGAUGGAAUUAACAUAUACUCACAUGGAAAUCUCACUGGAAGAUGCAGCAAAGCGAAUGCAUUACACCAAGUCGACACAUAAUCAAAAAAUCGAAUCCCUUUGGUCUCAGAUGAUGAAGCAGCACAACCGUGCAAUCAAACACGAUAUUCAAAGUCACAUUGAAGAUGGGAGUUAUGAUGACCAAGAUGAUGUUCAAAAACUCUUGUUUCUAUUUCUGUGGGUUCCUGUACUCCAAGCAAGUGUUGAUAGCUGGGUUGAUACGUAUAACAACUACCGAAAGCGACGGGAUCAUCUCACCACACUUCCAACCGGUGUAAGCUCGGAGUUUGCAUAUAGCACCCCUGAAUAUUUUGGAACCACCAAUCAACUCCUCAAGAUGCCUUCCUCCGAUAUCGACUUGAUGUUACAGACAGACUACCCGAAUCUUGAUUUGUUAUUUGCUCAUACUCCUCUUGACUUUCAUGAAGUGGCAAUUGAAGUCAUGGGGAAUCUUGGUUGGGAUUUUUCUCAAAUUAAUACAGGAAAUGUAUGGUUUGUUUUUCAUGAAAUGCUCCCCCAUGUUGUUGCCCAAUAUAUCCCACCAACCGACUCAUCCAGUGAAUACGAAUCCCAUCUUUCCAACGAAUCUGGAUCACACAUUUCAAAUGUUUCUGAAUCUUACAUCAGUACUACUUGUAACCACUCAUCAUUCGAAUAUGAAACACCUUAA